AUGGCCAAACUGUCGCCGCCGCUGUGUCUACGCUGCCUCAGGCGGACACUGGAUCCAAUCGAGCGCUCGACGCCCGCCGGUCUCUCCCAUCGCGCCGCCUUUUCCACCUCUCCUUCCCACUCGGUCAACCCGCCCAAGAAAAAGAGCGUUGUCGCCAAACCCAGCACACGACAGGGCCGUACACUGCGGCUGACCAAGAAUACUCGCGCUUCCACAGCGAAACCUCCUGCUGUCGGAGAACGCAAGGCGCAGCGCAAGCGUGUUGUCCUGAGCAACAGCAAUGCGCUCGAGGUAGUCGGAUUGAAAGAUCUCGCGUCCGAGCACACUCGCAGCAGGCAGCUCGAAUUGCACCAAGGCCAAGUGCUUGGUCUUUCAAAUGAGACCGUAGACGCGCUGCGAGCUUUGGAGGCAUUCAAGCCUACUCAAGGAUGGAGUCUGUUUCGGCGACCUGCCACCCUGAUCAGGAAAGAGACGCUUACGCUCGCUGGCGAUUUGGAACAGGCGACAGAACGGGAUGCGACGGGUCUCGCAGCGAGGAAGGACGGCGCGACAGACCAGAAAGAAGGCGAAGCUGUGCAGAGGUUGCCUGUGCGGAAGGUGCUUUUCGGUGAGCGUGGCAGCGGGAAGAGCGUGUUACAGCUGCAAGCUCUAGCAUUGGCCCAUCUCGAGAACUGGGUGGUGGUACAUGUUCCGGAGGCCAAGGACCUCACCAACGCCCACACUUCCUAUCAACCCCUGUUCGGGCCCACAGGGGUAACUUACAUCCAGCCACAUUACACCGCAAAGCUCCUCGAGAACAUUAACAAAGCCAAUCAACCGCUUUUCUCCAAAAUGCGCGUGAGCCAACGACACAACAUCUCAGCACCGCUGCAACCAAACUCAACCCUGGAACAACUGGUCAGCCUGGGCGCCAGGGAUCCGGCGGUAGCUUGGCCCGUGUGGCAAGCACUUUGGAACGAACUUCUCCUACCAUCGAAUAGUUUGUCGAAGGGCGAGGAACGACCUCCUGUCAUGUUCGCCCUGGAUGGCGUUGAUCAUAUCAUGCGGCAUUCGGCAUAUCUCAAUACUGACGCAGUACCCAUCCACGCACAUGAGCUUGCUCUCGUGGAACACUUCGUCUCGAUGCUGGCUGGCAAGAUCGAGUUCCCCAAUGGCGGCAUGUUGCUUGCCGCAACGUCUGAGUCGAAUCGUGCCUCGGCACACACAUUGGAUCAGGCUUUGGCGAACAACUUGGCCAUCCAAGAUGGAACCCAAUCAACCCGCUACUAUGAUCCCUAUGUCGCUCACGACAUACUGGUGCGGCGCGCCAUGCGCUACGUCAGCGUGCAGAAAGUUAGGGGUAUAAGCAAAGACGAAGCAAGGGGCAUCAUGGAGUAUUACGCCAAGUCAGGAAUUCUCAGGAGCACCGUCACGGAUGGUUUGAUCGGCGAGAAGUGGACGUUGGCUGGCGGCGGCAUCGUUGGGCAGAUUGAGAAUGGCACUGUCCGAGCACGUUUCUAG